UCGGUGCAAUAUAGUAUGUAGGAAAGAUAGAAAAUAAAGCAAAACAACAACUGCAUUAUCGUUUUUUAGUGUGUUUUCUUUAAAAAAAUGUAUCAAAAUAUUUUAAGCGUCAUUUUUGUGAGGCAUAAAUUAGAAAGGGCUCGCAGUACAAGUUAUCGCCUGUAGAGAGCAGCAGCGCGCGCUACUUGGUUAUGUUAGGAAGAAGAAGAAGAGGAUGCUACGUCAUACGGACAGCUCGUAAUGGCGGUUGAUUUAACUCCUCGUUUCAGAAGGUUGAACAGCCAAACGAGAAGUUUUCGUGAAAACAUACAGAAUGGCUUCUCGGGGCCCUUCGGUGCCACCCAGCUGUGGCACAACAUCAUCCAGGCCCUGCAGCUCCAGGUGGAGGUGCGCCGCCGUAGAAGGCAUCUACGCGUCCACGCCGAGUGUUUCACGGGCUCGGACGCCGUGGAUGCGGUCCUCAGUUACUUGAUGCAGAAUGUGGUGUUUUGCACGAGUGAAGUGUCGCGCCUCAAAGCUGCUCGGCUCUGCCAGGCUCUGAUGGAGGCCAAGGUGUUCGAACCGGUGGGUACGAAGCUGUUUCGCAGGGACAAGGAAGUGACCUUUGAGGACGGCGGCUGCAGCCUUUACCGUUUUCUGGAAUAUAAAGCGUUCCCCAACUCUGCCACGAAGGAGGGCGAUAGUGACACAGAAAACAUGCCCCAGGAGGAACAGGGGCUUAAGAGGAAGAAGAGCUCCAGGAGGCUGAAUGAACUGGGGACGAUCUCUAAUCCCCUGGCUGUCGGGUCGUCAGACAGGAGGGUUGAGAGGCUGCUGAGGACCAUCAACCUGCGACCGACCAUGUCUCCAGCUCUAAACACAACCCCCGCUACUUCUGCCUUUCUGUCCAAAGCUGUGGUGGAUGAGGUUUGGAAGCAGCAGACGCUGCUGCAGCUGCUGCAUGUAGUGGAGUUGCCCAUGCUGGACUCCAUCCUGACCUCUCCUGCCAGGGUUCAGCUUCAGACCUGCAGAGCUCCUCUGGCCUACCAGGACCUGGUUAUCUCCAACACAUGCCUGGAGAGAGAGCUGUCCGACACCCUUAAUCUGCCCAAGUUGGAUGGCUGGCUGUCGGCGGCGGCAGACUGCUUGGAGCUCUUUCCCGACCAGCUGAUUGUGGUCGCAGGGGAACAGCUCAGCCACGAAGUCGUCGACGCCUUUGCAGAAGAGGACCGGGCGGAGCAGACGGCGAGCCAAAAGAGACUGCUCUUUGACACCAUUGCCAAGUACUACGGUGGACAGGAAAAAGCUCCGCUUCUCUCAGGACGCCACCUGGACAUACAUGCUGCAAUUCUGAACUCGCUGGGUGAAGGGAAGCUGCAGGAAGCCAUCAAAGCAUCUCAGCUGUGUUUCCGACUGCUGCAGACCAGCGUGAGAGAUGAACUCCGGAGACUACUGGCCUUCAUGGCUACAGCGGCUCACCCAGAUGCUUGCCGUCUUCAGAAACAGAUUGAUAACAGGGCCUCAGUCUGCCGCGCUUUUCAGAGAGCCAUCGUCCAGAAUCAUGAAUUGACUCGACCCCAGAGCGAAACCCUGGUGCUGUUUCUCAUGGACAACUGCACGGAGCUCUUCAAGACUCCCACAUCCCUUAUUGAAGCUGUGAGGAGAACACUAAGGACUAUGCAGCAGGGAAUAGACCCUGACUCAAUUGCCACGUUCACCUUCUGCCAGCAGGUGACGCCACAAGAGUACGAGGACCAGCGAGAGGCAACCACGCUGGAGAGCCUCAAACAGCUCCUUCGCCAUAUUUCCUCCAGCGAAACCAUACCUGCCAAGAAGAGGAGGAGGC